AUGGCCGAGCAGCAGGGCCAGGAGCCUGAGUGCCCUGUCUGCUGGAACCCCUUCAACAACGUGUUCCACACCCCCAAAGUGCUGGACUGCUGCCACUCCUUGUGCGUGCAAUGCCUGGCCCACCUCAGCCUGGUGACUCCAGCCCCACGACCGCUGCUGUGCCCGCUCUGUCGCCAGCCCACUGUGCUGGCCUCCGGGCGGCCUGUCACGGACUUGCCCACGGAUACUGCCAUGCUCACCCUGCUCCGCCUGGAGCCCCAGCACGUCAUCCUGGAAGGUCAUCAGCUCUGUCUCAAGGACCAGCCCAAGAGCCGCUACUUCCUGCGCCAGCCCCCGGUCUACACGCUGGACCUACGCCCCGGGCCCGGGGGCCGGACUGAGGCCCCCCAGGCCGCGGCCCCCACCAUCAGGCCUCUGCCCAGUCCCAUCCACAGCCACUGCUCCCUGAGAGAGUGUUUCCACAACCCUCAGUUCCGGAUCUUUGCCUACCUGAUGGCUGUCAUCCUCAGCAUCACUCUGCUGCUCGUCUUCUCCAUCUUUUGGACCAAGCAGUUCCUCUGGAUGGGGUGA